CCGUUCUCACAGCAGCAACAGAGUGUCACCAGCAUUGGCAGUCUUCUCGGCAAUGUUCACGGUCAGAAAGAACCGGUCAAUUUCUUUGUCCCUUCUGGGAGCGCUAUCAAUCUCAGUCUGUCUGAUCCGCACAAUCCCGGGAGUGUUCCAGGUCGCACUCCAUACACUCCAAACACUUUGGCUACUCCACUGCACGAACGCGACGGCGGUAUUCCACAACCUCAGUUACAAAAUAUUGUUUGCACUGUUUACUUGGGCUGCAAACUAAACCUGAAACAGAUCGCUCUUAGUGCACGAAACGCUGAGUACAAUCCCAAGCGAUUUGCUGCCGUGAUCAUGCGCAUUCGUGAACCACGAACGACAGCGCUGAUAUUUUCCUCAGGGAAAAUGGUCUGUACCGGUGCAAAGAGCGAGGAGCGCGCCAGGCUUGCCGCGCGAAAGUACGCCCGAAUAAUCCAGAAACUGGGUUUCGAAGCCCAUUUUAAGGAAUUCAAAAUUCAAAACAUGGUCGGCUCCUGUGACGUCCGCUUCCAUAUCCGCCUAGAAGGUCUGGUACUCGCCCAAGGUCAAUUCGCCACCUAUGAACCGGAGCUGUUUCCAGGUCUCAUCUACCGAAUGACCAAACCAAAAAUCGUACUGCUCAUUUUCGUUUCCGGAAAAAUUGUCCUAACUGGCGCGAAAGUACGUGACGAGAUCUACGAAGCCUUUCGGAACAUCUAUCCUAUUCUGAAAAACUUCAGAAAGCCCGACAAAGAUCCUAAAUCUAUACCUGGCACGUACUAUGUUCCUUCUACU